CUAGAAGUAUUUUCAUCUUACAGUACUACACGUGCAGUGACUUAGUAAUCUUAGUCGUAGUUUCAUGACGCUUUUAUUUUCUUUAAAAUUGAAUUUUAACCAAUUAUCUAUUAUUCCAAUAAAAAUAUUAAGUGCUGUUUCUUUACAUUUAUUUAAUUAUGUGCAAUAGACCAUUUCAUAUUCUAGUUUGAUAAAAUACUAAAAAUCAGGAAGAUGCACAUUUUUUAAGCUUCAAUAAAAAAAAAACAAAAACGUUUAUGGCAAUGGCAAGUAUCAAAGUAGCUGUGAGAGUACGGCCAAUUUCCACCAGAGAAAUUAAAAUAACAGGACCGGAAGUAGUGGUGCAUACUGAAUCUAAAAAGAUCUCAUUAAUAAAUCCUAAAGUUCCUUCAUCUAGAACAGCUGAUAGUCGUAAACGAAUAAAGCAAUUUUAUUUUGACUAUUGUUUUGAUUCUUCUGACCCCAUUGCUAAUGAUUAUGCUGGGCAGGAGAAGAUCUACAACACACUUGGUGCACCAGUGCUUGAUUCUUUUUUUUCUGGGUAUAAUGCUUCUAUUGUUGCAUAUGGCCAAAGUGCAUCGGGAAAAAGCUACACCAUGAUGGGCACUGAAAAUGAUCCAGGCAUAAUACCACGGAUUUGCAGUGAUUUAUUUGCACGAGCAUCUGACGAAGAAAAAAGUGGCAAAGUUCUUCGUUUUUUUGUCAGCUAUCUAGAAAUCUACAAUGAAAGAGUAAAGGAUCUCCUGAAUACUUCUAUGGAUGCUGGCAAUUUAAGAAUCCGUGAACAUCCACGAUUUGGUCCUUAUGUUGAAGGAUUAACCCAAUUCCAAGUCAAAAGCUUAAGUUCAUUAAUGUCAUGUCUCAAAGAGGGUACACUAGCUCGCAAGACUGCUUCAACUUUACAAAAUCUCACAAGUAGUCGAAGUCACGCUCUUCUCACAUUAUCAUUAGAAUUCAGUAACUCUAUAUCUGAAGAUGCUAUGUCUAAAGCUUUAACGAAGUCUCAAAAAAAAGCUCAUUUUUCACGUUGCAAAUUGUGUUUAGUUGAUUUAGCUGGUAGUGAGAAAUCCACAGCCUGUGCUGGAAUAAAUCGUUUAAAAUCACAGGAAGGAGCGAAUAUAAAUAAAAGUCUCGUUGCUUUGGGUAAUGUAAUUUCUGCUCUCGCUGAGCGAGGUUCCACAAGUCAUGUAGCAGGAAAAAGAUUCAUUCCGUAUAGAGAUUCAACGCUCACAUGGUUAUUGAAAGACUCAUUUGGUGGAAAUGCAACUACGAUUAUGCUAGCUACGAUAUCGCCAGCAAGUGGAAGUUACAAUGAGACAGCUCACACCUUAAGAUUUGCUCAAAGGGCGCAGAGUGUAGUCAAUAAACCAGUGAUUAGCGAAGAUCCUGUUUCUAAAAUAAUUCGAGAACUUCAAGCAGAAAUAUUAAGACUCAAAGCUCAACUGUUAGAAAAGGAUACUGAAUUGACCAACGAUUGCAAGUUACUGUGCUCGUGUCGAAAGAAUCAAGAUCUAGUUUACACCCCAAGGAAGGGAGAUGAUAAAAAUACACCACUUUUAACUUAUGACAACUUUAAUUUAUCUCCAACUGUCAUUUUUAGACGACAUAGCUUUGAUGAUUAUUUGAAUUCUAAACUAAUAGUAUCGAAUCCGUUGAAAAAAGUAGGAUCAUUAGAAUCAAUAUCUGAUUUGAAAAAUUUUAAUGAUAGAAUUUCUUAUUCAAGAAAAUAUGAUAAAGGAGCAAAAAGUUUAAAAUUGGUUGAUAAUAAUUCUGAUGAAUCAGCUUUUGUAGAUAUUCCAACAUUAGUAGCGGUUCUUAUCAAUGCAGAUGCAAAUGCAAUCGAACAAGAUACUCAUCAAAUUGAAGAGCUAUCUACUAAUAGUACACAUGUUGAUCCUAUUGAUGAGAGAACAAAUAGUUUUGUCAUUAAUGACAGCUUAACAAAAAAAGAAUUACCAAGUGAAUCUCAAGAUGAAAAAAUUGAAGAUAAAAAAACUAUAUCAUCUGUACCUGUGAUUACUAAAAAAUCAAAAUUCAAGCAAUCAUUAUCAGAAGUGUCCAAGCAAUCUUCAACCUUGAACUCUCAAGAAAAUAUUAUAAAAGCACCCGAAGAAUGUAAUAACCAAGGUACGAAAAAAGCUAGCUGUCUAAAAGAUAAUGGGAAAGAAAAAGUAAAAAAUAUAGUUGUUAAAGCAAACAAUGACAGAGAAACGAAGACGACUUCUUCAAGCCAAGAAGCAGCUAUUAAAAAGCAAUCUUCUGAAAAUAUCGAGCGGAAUAUCAGUAGAGGUGGUGGGUCUAAUAGUUCAAAAGAUAAUUGUCCAUUAGCUACUGAAAUUAUAAAAAAUACGAGAAAAAAUUCUACAGAUCCAGAGCAAUUAUUACCUCGACAACAUACAGUUAUUCAACGCGCUCGUAGAGCUGAAAUUGUUGCUGCUGUUACUGAAAGACUUUACUCAAGUAAAAAAUCUUCUGACGACAGCAAUACGACUUCAACGCCGGCCUCGGAAAUUCGGUCCCCGGAAAUUUCUGAGGUAAAAUUCCCUGCUGUGACGAGAAUGCGAUUGAGAGAAAUUUCAAGAAAAAUGUUGGCUAAACGACGACGUGUUUGUGUUGACACUCAAACUGAUAUUUACCCAACUGUUCGAGUUAAAGAUGCUGGAAUUUCAGCAGAAGAACCAAAAAUUAUUUAUAAAGAUGUUUCUAUUUUAACUGAUCGUCAUGAAGACUUUGAAUCUUUAUUACCUUGUAGUACUCCUGUAAUAAGAUUAAAAGAAAUAGCAACGUCAACUAAAGAUCCUGCAUUUUUAAAACCAACCAUUCUUUUAAAAGAUGUUGGCAGUGCGACUGAACAAUGUAAUAAUGAUAUUAUUCCUAAUUGUAUUAAUAAUGUCAAAAGUGAACAUUCAACAAAUACCUGUCAAGUUGAUGAACCUAAACAUUCGUGCAUUCAAACAACACAUUCAGAUAUUUUGAUAAAAAACCAACCACAUCCUGUAAAUAUUUGUGAAUUAAAACAUAUUCCACAAAAUGAUGUUAGAUAUUUAUCAAAUCAAAGCUUAAAGUGUUGUCCUUCAAUCUCUGUAUGUACAGACCCUAGUUAUUAUUCAAAAAUUAUUGAUAGUAGUCAUUGUUGUCCUAAAAUUUUGAAAGAAUCAUGUCAAUGUUCGUCGAAGAAUCCAGAGAAAAAUGUUAUUUCUUUAUCUGUACCUGAUACGAUAAAUAUAGUUAUUGAGUCAUCUAGUAUUUUAGAUUCAAAGUUACAGAUUUUUGAUAAUGAAGAAUGUCAGCAGAAAGAUGAAAAUGUACAAACGGAGAAUAAAAUGUUCUCUCAUGUUGAAACAUUGACAGAUAAUGUAACUAAAGUGAAUAUCAGAGAAUCGUGGACAAACACACGAUCUGUUGAUGAACAAACAAAUACUAAACCAUUUAAAUUUCAACGGUUAUUAAAUGAUCUAUAUAAAACAUCAAAAUCUUUAAGAAUUAGUACGUCCGAUACCAUCUAUGAUUUUGAUGGUCCUUCAACUUUAUCAUUGGAAAAAAGAUUUAAUAAAACUCACAUACCUUCAUCUAAUUCUUACAAUAAAAAUAAUACAACCAAAAAAAAAGAGUGGCUGACCAAAAAUCGAUUUUCUUGGAUGACUUAUCCGAAUAAUGAUGGUCUAAGACAUUCAUUCAGUUCUCCUAGAACUAAAUUCAAUUACUUAAAUGUAGAUAAUGUAAUUCAAUCUAAGUUAAACAUAAAAACACGGAAUACUUUACGACAUUAUUCAUGGCGUAAUAUCCGAAGAGCGAGAAGUAAUAGUUUUGAUAAGAAAUUAAGACAAUGGAACAGAAUAAAUUUUUCCAAUCAAAUAAAAAACAUCAGAAGGAAAACUCCUGAGCUUUUAUGGACAGAUAAUAAUUUAUUGUAUUUUAAAACGUUUGAUAAUAAUUAUUUUUCUAAGAAAAAAUCUAAUGUUCCUGAUGAUAAUCAAAACUUGAAACAAGUCAAAACUAAAUGUACUGCUAUAAAAACAGAUAUAAUGAAUGGUAUAAAUAAAAGUGAAAAAAGGCAUGAAUAUUUAGUAGAUGGUACAGCGCAUAAGAAUGAACAAAUUUGUUCAUUUAAAGAACACAGAGGUAAAACAAUUGAUGAAUUGAAAAAAAAAUUAGAAAAUUUAACUAAUGAAAUAGUUACUACUAUUCACGAGUUUAAUCCAUGUUUAGCUAAUGUAUUUUUAAUACCCAUAACAUUUAAUGGAAAUGAAACAACAAAAAAUUGCCAGAAUUUGUUAGAAAAAAAAAAUAAAAAUAAAAUUGUAAUUCCUAUUCAACCACAACAGCAUUUCUGUUCCUCAUCUUCAACAGCUCUAGAGGUACAUAAUCAGCAAAUAUCAGAGAAUGGAUUGACAGUUCAGUCUUGUGGAGACUUUACCAAGUCAUUACAGACUCUAGAUGCUAAAGUUGAUCCUGAGACUCAAGAGAAUCCUGAAUUAAUAAAUUUUCUAAAAUUAAAAAAUAUUCCAACGAAUGUGAAAAAUGAUUCUUCAUUAAAUUCAAGUGAAAAUGUAUCCCCAAAAAAUAACAAUCUUAUUAAAGAUUACCUCAAAGAAACUAUAAUAUUUAUGCGAAAUGUCAAUUUCAUGAAUGAGUUAGUUAAUGCUGACGUAAUUAAAAAAAAGCUUUUAACCAAACCUCGUAGUGCAUGUAAUAAAAGAAUAGAUCAAAGCACUACAAAUAAUCAUAAAGUUGAGAGAAAAAUACUAGAUUGCUUUAUAUUAGAAAAUUUAUUAAGUCUUGAUGAAAAUAAAUUUAAAAAACAAUUGGGAGAACAUGCACAUAAAAAGAGUAAUACUCUCAAUCAUAAGCAUUUAUUGAAUCCUAAAGACAAUUAUUACAGUCGACAUAUCAAAAUCAAUGACGAAAAUUUUUCACUAGAAUUGAAUAAUUUGACAAUAAAGGAAUUCAUGAACGGUAGAAUUUCAAAUAAUUAUUCAAAGCAACGUAAUAUACUCAACAAAAUGAAGAAACGACGUCAUUCUGAAUAUUGUAUGGAGAAUAAAAAUGAAAGCAGUAAACUGAAUGAUUUUGUUGAUGAUAAUGAAUUAAAUUCUCAUAUAUAUUUAAAAAUAACAAGUAAUGAAAAUGAUUUUGUAUCUAAAGGGCGUAAAUUAUUAUCAUCACCAUCACGAUAUACCAUUCCAAAAUACGAUUCUUCAACUGAAAAUUCAAGUUCAAACGAAGCUUUUACUAAUUUCAUCGAAUCAAUACGUUAUAAUUAUAGAUAUAAAAAUAAAUGUAAAAUAUCAGAAAGUCCACGGUUGAAGUUAUUACAAUUGCUAAAUGAAAGAAGACAAAUUAUUGAAACCAGCCGCGAACUGUGCUCACCUUAAAAUAUUUCUUUUCCUUGCUUUACUACGUCAAUACGAUUUUUUCUUUUUUAUAAAUUAAGAACUACACAGAAAAAAAUAUUAAUUAGUUAUUAUUAAUUUAUUUCGAUUUUGUUUAUACAAAACAAUGUAAUAGAGAUCUAACUAAGUACACGACAG